CCAGAAGCCGGGGAAGGCUGCUGCUUCCUCAUUUCUGUUACUGGAAGUUUGGAGACGUGAAGCAAGACGGGGAAGCAUGCGCGCCGUGCCGAGCAGUGGAUUUUGGCACCUCCUCAUAGACUCAGAUGAGACCAUGACGGCCUUUGCGAGGGACAGGUGCUGAUACCUUGCCCCAGCCCCUGUCACUGUUUAUCCUGGCCAUUUCCAAUCUCAGUAUCUAAAUGCCACAGUGCUCUUGGGGCACGUUGGGCUGGGAACCACUGUUGCCUUGGAAGACCAUAAAACCAUGGGAAACGCAGAAAGUCAAAAUGUAGAGCAUGAGUUUUAUGGAGAAAAGCAUGCCAGCCUGGGCCGCAAGCACACGUCGCGCUCCCUGCGCCUGUCGCACAAGGCGCGGCGGACGAGGCACGCGUCCUCGGGGAAGGUGAUCCACAGGAACUCCGAAGUGAGCACGCGGUCCAGCAGCACGCCCAGCAUCCCCCAGUCUCUGGCCGAAAAUGGCCUGGAGCCCUUCUCCCAAGAAGGCGCCCUGGAGGACUUCGGCAGCCCCAUCUGGGUGGACCGAGUGGAUAUGGGCCUGAGACCCGUGUCGUACACCGACUCUUCUGUCGCUCCCAGCGUAGACAGCAGCAUCGUCCUCACAGCCGCCUCUGUGCAGAGCAUGCCAGACUCGGAGGAGAGCCGGCUUUACGGGGAUGACGCUGCGUACUUGGCUGACGGGGGCAGGAGGCAGCAUCCCUAUACAUCCAAUGGGCCCGCUUUCAUGGAGACGGCGAGCUUUAAGAAGAAGCGCUCCAAAUCUGCAGACAUCUGGCGGGAGGACAGCCUGGAAUUCUCACUCUCCGAUCUGAGCCAAGAACAUUUAACAAGCAACGAAGAAAUCUUGGUUUCCACUGAAGAGAAAGACUGUGAGGAGGCUCGGGGGAUGGAACCCCGGGCGAGUCCGCGGCGGCUCAGCGCCUGUCAGCGUGCCAAUUCCCUGGGUGACUUGUACGCUCAGAAAAACUCCGGGGUGACGGCAAACGGGGGGCCAAGGAGCAAAUUUGCAGGCUACUGUCGGAAUCUGGUGUCUGAUAUCCCCGAGCUUGCAAACCAUAAGAUGCCACCGGCUGCUGCUGAAGACUCUGUUCCUUACAGUAAUUACAACACACUCCCCUGUAGGAAAUCUCACUGUCUUUCCGAAGGUGCCACCAACCCACAAAUUAGCCAUAGCAACAGCAUGCAAGGCAGAAGAGCAAAAACAACUCAGGAUGUUAAUGCCGGCGAGGGCAGUGAGUUUGCGGACAGCGGGAUCGAAGGGGCCACCACCGACACGGACCUCCUGUCCAGGCGAUCCAAUGCCACCAACUCCAGCUACUCGCCCCCCACCGGCCGCGCCUUUGUGGGCAGCGACAGCGGCAGCAGCUCCACGGGGGAUGCGGCCCGCCAGGGGGUGUACGAGAAUUUCCGGCGGGAGCUGGAGAUGAGCACCACCAACAGCGAGAGCCUGGAGGAGGCGGGCUCGGCGCACAGCGACGAGCAGAGCAGCGGCACCCUGAGCUCCCCGGGCCAGUCGGACAUCCUGCUCACGGCCGCGCAGGGCACGGUGCGCAAGGCCGGGGCGCUGGCCGUCAAGAACUUCCUGGUGCACAAGAAGAACAAGAAGGUGGAGUCGGCCACCCGGAGGAAGUGGAAACACUACUGGGUGUCCCUGAAAGGGUGCACACUCUUCUUCUAUGAGAGCGAUGGUAGGUCUGGAAUAGACCACAACAGCAUCCCUAAGCACGCCGUGUGGGUGGAGAACAGCAUCGUGCAGGCUGUGCCUGAACACCCCAAGAAGGACUUCGUCUUCUGCCUCAGCAAUUCCCUGGGUGAUGCUUUCCUCUUUCAGACCACCAGCCAGACGGAGCUGGAAAACUGGAUCACCGCCAUCCACUCUGCCUGCGCGGCUGCCGUGGCGAGACAUCACCACAAAGAGGACACGCUCCGGCUCCUGAAGUCCGAGAUCAAAAAACUGGAACAGAAGAUUGAUAUGGAUGAGAAGAUGAAGAAAAUGGGCGAAAUGCAGCUGUCUUCGGUCACCGAUUCGAAGAAGAAGAAGACUAUAUUAGAUCAGAUCUUCGUUUGGGAGCAGAAUCUCGAGCAGUUCCAAAUGGACCUAUUUCGUUACCGCUGUUACUUAGCUAGCCUCCAAGGUGGGGAACUGCCAAACCCCAAAAGGCUACUUGCUUUUGCAAGCCGACCAACGAAAGUGGCAAUGGGCCGCCUUGGAAUCUUCUCUGUAUCAUCCUUCCAUGCCCUGGUGGCAGCACGCACUGGUGAGACCGGAGUGAGACGUCGUACUCAGGCCAUGUCCAGAUCCGCAAGCAAGCGAAGGAGCAGGUUUUCUUCCCUUUGGGGUCUGGACACUACCUCCAAAAAGAAGCAGGGACGCCCCAGCAUCAACCAGGUGUUCGGUGAGGGAAGUGAUGCUGUAAAGAAAUCUUUAGAGGGAAUAUUUGAUGACACUGUUCCAGAUGGCAAGAGGGAGAAAGAAAUGGUCUUGCCCAGCGUCCACCAGCACAAUCCCGACUGUGACAUUUGGGUCCACGAGUAUUUCACACCAUCGUGGUUCUGUCUGCCAAAUAAUCAGCCAGCCCUGACGGUCGUCCGGCCCGGGGACACUGCCCGGGACACCCUGGAGCUGAUCUGUAAGACACAUCAACUGGAUCACUCUGCUCAUUACCUGCGUCUGAAAUUUCUAAUAGAAAACAAAAUGCAACACUACAUUCCAAAGCCCGAGGAGGACAUUUAUGAGCUGCUGUACAAAGAAAUUGAAAUUUGUCCAAAAGUCACUCAGAACAUCCAGAUUGAGAAGUCAGAUACAGCCAGUGAUAAUUAUGGCUUUUCCCUUUCCUCUGUGGAAGAAGAUGGCGUUCGAAGGCUCUAUGUGAAUAGUGUAAAGGAAACUGGCUUAGCUUCCAAGAAAGGCCUGAAAGCGGGAGACGAGAUUCUCGAGAUCAAUAGCCGGGCUGCAGGCACCCUGAACUCCUCUGUGCUCAAAGAUUUCCUCACGCAGCCGUCCCUGGGCCUCCUGGUGAGGACCUACCCCGAGCUGGUCGGGGGUGUGGAGCUGCUGGACUGCCCGCCCCACCGAGCGGACGGCCCCGCGGAUCUCAACGACAGCCCCCUGGCCUUCCUCAGCAGCAACCCAGGUAUGGCUGCGCCGUGUGCCGGACCCGCAUCUGAGCCCGGGUCAGCCGGGACCUGCUGGGUGUGUGUGUGUGUGUGUGUGUGUGUGUGUGUGUGUGUGUUCCAGUGGCCUGGGGCCAGCAGGCCUAAGAUGCAGUUUCAGGCCGUCAGGGAGCAAAGAAAGGCUGUGACAGGUGUGAAUGGUGCUGAUAAAGUGCUGUUCUCCCUGGGGGGAUCCUUUCUGUAUUACGCUGACCGCUUCAAGCUCUACAGUGCCUUCUGCGCCAGCCACACGAAGGUCCCCAAAGUCCUGGUGAAAGCCAAGACGGACACGGCUUUCAAGGCGUUCUUAGAUGCCCAGAACCCGAAACAGCAGCACUCGGCCACUCUCGAGUCUUACCUCAUCAAGCCCAUCCAGAGGAUCCUCAAGUACCCGCUUCUGCUGAAGGAGCUCUUUGCCCUGACGGAUGCCGAGAGCGAGGAGCACUACCAUCUGGACGUGGCCAUCAAGACUAUGAACAAGGUUGCAAGUCAUAUCAAUGAAAUGCAGAAAAUUCAUGAAGAAUUUGGGGCUGUGUUUGACCAGCUCAUUGCUGAACAGACCGGUGAGAAAAAAGAGGUUGCGGAUCUGAGCAUGGGGGACCUGCUUUUGCACACCACCGUGAUUUGGCCAAACCCGCCAGCCUCGCUGGGAAAGUGGAAAAAGGAGCCAGAGCUGGCAGCCUUUGUCUUCAAAACUGCUGUGGUCCUUGUGUAUAAAGACGGUUCCAAACAGAAGAAGAAACUUGUAGGAUCUCACAGGCUUUCGAUUUAUGAGGACUGGGACCCCUUCCGGUUUCGGCACAUGAUCCCCACCGAAGCUCUGCAGGUUCGAGCUUUGGCAAGUGCAGAUGCGGAAGCAAAUGCCGUGUGUGAAAUUGUCCAUGUAAAGUCUGAGUCUGAAGGGAGGCCGGAGAGGAUCUUCCACCUGUGCUGCAGCUCUCCAGAGAGCCGGAAAGAUUUCCUGAAGGCUGUGCAUUCAAUCCUGCGUGAUAAGCACAGAAGACAGCUCCUCAAAACUGAAAGCCUUCCCUCAUCCCAGCAAUAUGUACCUUUUGGAGGAAAAAGAUUGUGUGCGCUCAAAGGGGCCAGGCCAGCCAUGAGCAGGGCAGUGUCCGCCCCAAGCAAGUCUCUUGGCAGAAGGAGGCGGCGACUGGCUCGAAACAGGUUUACCAUUGACUCUGAUGCCAUCUCGGCCAGCAGCCCGGAGAAAGAGUCCCAGCAGCCCCCCGGUGGCGGGGACACUGACCGAUGGGUAGAGGAACAGUUCGAUCUUGCUCAGUACGAGGAGCAAGACGACAUCAAGGAGACAGACAUCCUCAGUGACGAUGAUGAGUUCUGUGAGUCCGUGAAGGGCGCCGCGGUGGACACAGACCUGCCCGAGCAGCUUCAGGCUGCGUCCAUCAGUCAGCGGGAGAGAGGCCGCAAAAGCCUGGAUAGUCACGCGUCCCGCAUGACGCAGCUCAAGAAGCAAGCCGCCCUGUCGGGCAUCAAUGGAGGCCUGGAGGGCCCGAGCGAGGAAGUCAUCUGGGUUAGGCGCGAAGACUUUGCCCCCUCCAGGAAACUGAACACUGAGAUCUGACUGUCACUUUCCCCCUAGAGAGUGUGUGUAGAUACUCCCCACCCCCCACGCCCUGCCCUCCCCCUGCCUCCUCCUGUCCCCUCAAGGAGGAGAAUGUCCCCGUAGGUGGCACUCUUGCACACACACACGGUUUUGGCGGCUUGACUUUGUGCUGAAGCCAUGUCGCCACCCAACUUCGUCAUCUCUCACGACAUCAGAAAGAAUUGUCCAGAAUCCCAAGUAAGCUCGAGUUCCAUCUUCUGUACAUUCCUAAGGGCUCUUAUCCUCAACUAAUCAGGGCCGGAAAUUUUCAAAAAUAAAACAAAAAAAAAGAUUCUGUAGCACUGUAAAAAGAAUCACCCCGGGUGUUUUAAGUAUGUUACGACAGAUUAGUUGAAGGGACAGCACAAAAACUAACAAUAAUAAAACUCGCUCUAUCUGAAAUCAGUCCAGGAGCCAUCUCUCAGUUGGGGAAACCACGUUCAAACACAAAACACAACAAAGCAACUGUACCGUCUACAAUGUUCUUACUCCUUCCCCUCUUAAAUGUCUGAGAAUAUCUGUGUAUUUUAAGAAUGUGUGAGGAGACGGUGGAGAUGUAUGUUUUGAUGAGUUGUUUUUUGGGGUUUUUUUUUGUUGGUUUUUUGUUUGUUUUCUUCUCUCUCUUCUGUUUUGGUCCAUGGCUGGUCUUACUCAGUGUCCGUGUUCGGAAGUUCUAGUUUUGCAUAGAAUUAUAAAGAUGCCAAACUCUUUAAGAAGAGAUCCAAAUUUAUCACUUGAAAAAAAAACACACAAAAAAACACUAUUUUUUGUAUUUUACUUGAGAUGCAGGGGCACAGAUAAGAAUUUUACAGUGCUAGUGUAACUCUGAAUCUAAAGAAAUGAGGAUUUUACCUUUUACAGAGAGAGUGAGGCAUGGUGAUUUUAUAUUUAUAUAUGAAAGGCCAACAAGAUGCUUAGGAGAAACUUUUAAAGAAACAGAUUGCUUUUUUUUUUUUUUUUUUAAAUGUUUGAAUCUCUAUGCGAGAUGGGAGCUUGGCUGGAUUAAACAUGACACCCGGAUGGGCAGUGUGUUAUGUCUGUUGCACGUGGCGGGGGAGGGGAGGCUCCUUCUCAAGGGGUUGCCAUAGUGAUCAUUGGUUUUCCCAUCAAAGUUGCAUCCUCAUCCAUAGAAUACCUGUCCCUUCCCUGACGGUCCACACCAGACCCCUUAACAAAACAGCCUCUUCAGAAACCUAUCUUGUGUUUAAUACUUUCAACAUGCCAACGAAAACAGGGUAAACACGCUAAAAAACCUAACGUUCUCAACAGAUUUCCAAAUGGGAAGAACAAAAACAAGUUAAAGCACUUUUGAUUCUUUUAAAACGGUUUAUAGCUUUUUUUUUUUCUCUCCCAUUUCACAAUGUCCACUUCCUAAGAAGGGUUUCAAUAAUAUGAAAACUUUCUUUUUUGGGGAAAAUAUCUAUUUGGUGUUUGACACAUCAGUAGGUACUUUAAAGACCUGAAUUUUAUAGUAGCUUUAGGAAUUAUAUUUUAUAAAAAUCAGUUAUGACUUUAUAUUUCCAGACAAUAGAGAGUUCAGAACAUCACGCUCCGGUACCCCUGCUUGCUUUACCCGCUUUUCCACCCUCUGUCCCCCCCCCCCUUUCGGGUUUCCAGGGCUUUGAGCUUGAUCUUUUGAAAGUUUUAUUCUAUUAAAUUUUUGCUAUAUCUUCUGGUUUUCUUAAAAAGCUUUAGAAUGGUUUCUAUACCCUUUGUACCACUGCAUUGUUCCAUUAUCACCUCUAGUUCGAUUGUGUCCAGAUGGAAAACGGAAGCAGAGACUUCUGAUAGCCACACUAGUCCCAGUGCAAUGGUUCCGUCUGCAGAUGCUAGAAAGUCUGGUGCUUAGAGAGGGUGCCAUUGUCUCUUGUACAUAAGGUCAUGACGUGUCUAUGUCAAAAGUUCUUAUAUAUUUCUUUUAUAAGCUGAAAGAAGGUCUAUUUUUAUGUUUUUAGGUCUACGAAUGGAACGUUGUAAAUGCCUGUCAAACAAUAAAAAUACUGAAAAGUA